AUGUCGUUACGGGAACUGUGCAAAAUCGAGCGUGGAUACAUCGAUUCGAUAUCUAAUUUGGAAGUGUUUGUAACCAAUUAUAACCAGCAGCGUGAUCAAUUCAAACUAUCCGCCAGGCUGGAGCAUCUUGAAUCCAUUUUCAAGGCAUUUCGUGGAAAUCGUGCCAAAAUUGAAGCCCGACAAGAGCAGGACCUGGCUUUAUCUACGGAUGGAAAGGACAAAAAGGAGAUCGAAGUGGCACAAGAGGCCGAAGCCGCAAAUAGAAAGGUACUAUUGGAAGUGGAGAACCGUUAUUUCGAUGUAAAGGACUUUCUUCUAUCGAAAAAAGGCAAUGCAGCAACUGAAACAAUAUCUUCCACUUAUCAAGCUCCCUCCUCCCGUGUUCACCUUCCAGUGUUUAAAAUACCACCAUUUGACGGUAGUAUUAGGGAUUGGAUAGGGUUUCGCGAUGCUUUCCAAAGCAUGAUUGCUAAGGAUAUUUCGCUAUCGCCCAUUGACAAAUUCAACUACCUUUUGUCAACACUCACCAAAGAAGCCAGGACAUUAGUGGAAUGUAUUGAAGUGACAGCAGAUAACUUUGACGUCGCGUGGCAGAUGCUUGAGCAAAGGUUCGAAAAUAAAAAGAUCAUCGCUCGUUCAUUGAUGGAUGGUUUUCUAGAAACAGAACCAAUCAAACGCGAGUCAUAUGAAGCACUCGUUGUUCUGAUUGAUACAUAUGAGCGCAAUUUGCUACAGUUGCGAAAAAUCGGUCUACAAACAGAAGGAUGGUCACAUUUGCUGGCACAUCUGCUCUACGUUCGUCUCGAUGUUGAUACCCAACGACACUGGGAACGAGUUCACAACUCCCGUGACGCUCCAAGAUAUGAGGAUUUGCUAAAGUUUCUUCGUGAUCAUCUGACCACUCUUCAGCCGUUUGCAUCAUGCAAAUCACGAGGCCAUGAAUCUCGACAGGAGCACAUCAAGGUAGCAGUGAAACCCAAAAUAGGCUCCACACUCACCACCACAACCUCCAAGAAGACUUGUACGUUUUGUCAGAAGCAGUUUCAUUCUCCCUUCAAAUGUGAAAUCUUUAACAAACUGAGCCCGGCCCAGAGGCUCGAAGCAGUUAAGAAAAAUGGAUUGUGUCUAAAUUGUUUCUCUUCGUCCCAUUUGGUACGGUCAUGUUCAAGCUCAUCCUGUAGAGUUUGUGGUCAAAAGCAUCACACGAUGCUGCAUUUGCGUACCAACAAUCACAACAUUCAAUCACAGCCUCACAUAGACCGCUUGGUUGAUAAUAAGUUUGCAGAUCAAUCUGGCACCAAACACGAUACGACGUUGUCACCUAUACUGCCAACCUUGCCGUCCAUCGGUGCAACUUUGGAACCAAAUAAAUCCACACAUACCUCUUCAGACACGCGCUUGCCUUUAGCCCUUCCCUCCACCGGAUCGAACGACAAUAGUAUUGUAUAUCUCUCCACUGCCGUCGUGAAAAUAAUUGAUUGUCGAGGAAAUUUUCAAUACGCUCGAGCUCUUCUAGACAGCUGCUCCGAACGGAAUCUGCUGUGCGAACGUAUGGCGCAAAAGCUUCAUCUUCGUCGGAUUAAUGACUCACUUUCCUUGCAAGGUGUCGGACCUACUUCUGCAAGCUCAAGGCACUCUGCUACCGCAACAAUUAGCUCACACUAUAAGGACUAUUCGGUAGACCUCAAGUUCCACAUUCUAUCGGAAUUCAAGCCAAUUUUGCCAUCGAAUCAAUUGUCAGUUACCCAUUGGAAUAUUCCAUCAAACAUCGUUCUCGCUGACUCACGUUUCUUCGAGCCAAACCGCAUCGAUUUGAUCAUUGGAGCUGAAGCCUACUACCGACUGCUUCUCGAAGGUUUCGUCGAUCUUGGACCAGCACUACCUCAUCUUAAGGAGACGGUUUUUGGAUGGGUAGUCUCAGGGAAAUACAACACAACUGGAAUACAGCCUGCCAGGUCGGCCACGACGCUCAUUUGCAGUAGGGAAUAUGAGGCGUUUAUUCGUGAGUACGUGCAAUUGGGUCAUAUGAAACAAAUUGACCCUAGCAACGAAGCGCUGCAGCCUGACGAGAAAAUCUACUAUAUGCCACACCACUGCAUCAUUCGUCCAGACAGUGUUACAACCAAAUUGAGGGUCGUCUUCGAUGCGUCCUGUCCCACUGAUACUGGCAUAUCGCUGAACGAUGCCCUCAUGUUACACAUGAGCCAGCCUGCAGUACCGCACCAUCAGCACUUUGGGUGGCAUCGACCCAAUCAUGCCACCGCCAACGUCAGCAGAACUGAUCCAUUGGACUACGACCCAUAG